AUGUAUGUGUGUUCUGCUACAUUAAUAUUACACGCAUCACAACAACGGGGAAAUGAGAACGUACGGCUCAGGUUUGGGAUACUGAAAACGGAGAAGAGAGAGCUUCAUUUCACCAGUCUCCUUUUUGAUGGUGACGCAGUAAGUGUGUAA